AUGAACAGCUUAGUUUCGCUACUCUCCGCGGCGGCGCUGUUGUCGCUGCAGUGCGUCGUAUAUGCUCAAAUCAAUGGCAAAGUCGAAAUGAAUAAUAAUUUGGAACCAAAUGUAUUACCAACCACGCGGCAUAGUACGAUUCGAAAUUACAUCAGGAUAAUGUCACCACCUCCUGAAACUGUAAGACACUUGCCAGGAACUACCCUUGUUUUAACUUGUCAGAUGAGAGGAAACCCGUCGCCAGUCGUUAAUUGGAUGAAAAAUGGUGUACCUAUUACUGACUUUGAAGAAGAUGUGAAUGAAAUUCUUUCCAUACCUUCCUUCAGUCCUACUGAAAUGACAAGCAAAUUGGUAUUACGUUCUGCUUCGAACGGCGACAUCUUCUCUUGCGUAGGGACCUCUGGCCUUCUGGAGAUUAGUGCUUCUACAGCAGUUAUUGUUGUUGGGGAAAAUCAACCUCAACGACUUACUUCUAUCAUCCAAUCAAAACCUGUAAUCACAACCUUCUAUAACAAUAUAUUCCAAUAUUCGGGCUCGAGUGCGACAUUGCCUUGUCGUGUAGACAGCCCUACUAAGUCACAAAUCAUCUGGUUAGACAACAACGGAGAUAUUGUGUAUGGAAAUAAUAGGCUUAGGGUUUUACCCUCUGGUGAUCUUCAUAUAGCCGAUCUAUCAUGGGACGAUAUGGGUGGAUAUACCUGCACGGCUAAAAACGCAUUCGGAAAAGACGUGAUCGAAACGUUCUUAUAUCCUCUUAAAGUU